CGUUGCGAGUCGUGGUGUUUCUUCAGGAAUGCAGCUCGUCAACAAUCGCUAGCUUUUGUUUCGCAUCAGCUGGAGCUGUUGGCGGCUGUUAGGAGUAUCCUUAGGAGUUUGUCACCUCGUCUCCAGUAGCAAAGGUGCCAAAAGCAGCAGUAUGGCCACAGCGCAGUCGGUGUUGCUGCUAGCAGUGCAUAUACUGCUGAUCACAGAGUUCAUCCUGGCCGAUGGGGACUACUACGACAUACUGGGAGUGCCUAAAGACGCCACGGAACGCCAGAUCAAGAAGGCCUUCCAUAAGCUGGCCCUGAAGUACCAUCCCGACCGAAACAAGGGCCCAAACGCGGAGGCCAAUUUCAGGGAGAUAGCAGAGGCAUAUGAGACGUUAUCAGACGAUAAGAGGAGGCGAGAGUACGACCAGUUGGGCCAUGGCCCGUCACCAGGGCAGGGCCAUCGAGGAGGAGGCGACUACAACUUCAACCAGCACUACCAGUCUUUCAACUUUGAUGACAUUUUCAAAGACUUUGACACAUUUGGUCAGCAACAGCGACACCAACACCACUUCCACACCCAAAAUGAAGCUCACCAAAAGAGACACUUUGACAGCCACUUCCAGGCCCAUCGGGAGGCCAUGAACAGACAGAAGAGACAGUUUCAGCAGGGGGGCUUCGGGCCAGGACUCUUUGAUGACAUGUUUGAGGACUUGGAGAAGAUGUUCUCCUUUAACACACACAGUUCCAGGACGGCCGGCAGAUUCCAGGGCUCGGGGAAGCAGCACUGCAGGACAGUGACUCAGCGUAGGGGCAAUAUGGUGACCACCUUCACUGACUGCUCCUGAGACGAGCAGGCGCUGGGUUUGUGGUUGUGGUUUUGAAAUUGAAUGCUAAUUUAUCAUUUUGUGGAAUAGAGAAUGGUUUCAGUGUGGCUUUUGUAAUUUUCUGUUUGUAAUUUCCUCUAGGAACAAAUAUCCAAGCUGACCUGAUUUUAAGGGCUGCUUCCAAGCAAUAACUCACUUGCAGUAUUGCUCAUUGCACAAUCCAUUAUUUAGUUUUCCUGGUUCAUUAUGUUUACUUAUGAUGGUACAAGCUAUUAGACUCAGGUAUGGCCUCAGGUUGCAAUGAGCAAUGAGGCAAUAAGAUUCAUUAAAACACCACAGAAACAUUCAUUCUGCAGCUAUUCAGGCCAUACUGUUAUUGUGCUCUCUACAACGCCAAUGUAAACCAGGCUCAUCUAAGCUAAGUGUCUGAACUCUUACAUUUUCUCUCUCGGUUUCUAUUCAUUAUCUUAAAGAUUGUACAAAAAAAAAAGAAUGACACAUUUCAAGUCACACAUUUUGAUUUAAAGCACUUGCAUCAAAUAUUUCUGUGAAAAAG